GGCACAUUAAAGCUUUCAGCCCUUUCUCCAAGCAGUCCUUGAGCGGCUGCGCUUUGCUCGCCAGAGCCCCCAGCGAUCCGCCGGGACUCGGGGUGAGCAGCGGCCCCAUCCAUCGCCCCCUCCCCACGGCCCCGUUAAUGCUGAACCCGCCCGGCGCGCCCGAUGGAGCCCGCGCCGUGAUCCGCGCCCCCCGCGCUGAGCGCCGGCCAGACCGAGCCGCGGCCGCCGCUGAGCUCCCAGACCCGCGGGUGCGCUCCGGGACCCGAGAUCCGCGGGUGCGCUCCGGGAUCUCAGAUCCGCGGGUGCGCUCCGGGACUCGAGAUCCGCGGGUGCGCUCCGGGAUCUCAGAUCCGCGGGUGCGCUCCGGGACCUCGGCUCCUCUCCGGCCCCUCGGCCCCUCUCCAGCUCCCCGGCCCCUCUCCAGCCCUUCGACUGCGCUGCAGCCCCGCGGGUGCGCUCCGGCCCCUCGGCGGUCGCGCAGGGGGUCCCCGCCGGUGCCAUCCCCGAGGGUCCCGUCUGCCUGAGGGGUGCGGGAUGUCCCCGCGGGCGCUGGCGCUGCUGCUGGCGCUGGCGGAGCUGGGUCUGGCCCUGCGGGCGGCCGAGCAAGGCGAAGCCGCCGUCGGGGCCGCCCCUCCGGGACCCGCUGCUUUCCAUCGCGCCGCCAAGGCCUCGUGGCGGCUGCCCGGGCGCUACGUGGUGAUGCUGCGGGCGGGCAGCGCGGCCGUGCUGCGGGGCACGGCCCGGCGGCUGCAGGCCCGGGCGGCUCGGCGGGGACACCGGGCCGAGCUGCUGCACAUCUUCCACCUGCUGCCCGCCUUCCUGGUGAGGAUGAGCAGCGACGUCCUGGACACGGCGCUGAAGCUGCCGCACGUGAAGUACAUUGAGGAGGAUGCCUAUGUCUUUGCCCAGAGCAUUCCCUGGAACCUGGGCAGGAUCCUGCGGCCACAGCCCAGCUCGGGUGCCUACAGCCCUCCCAAUAAAGGUGACCUGGCCGAGAUUUACCUGCUGGACAGCAGCGUGCAGAGCAGCCACAGGGAGAUCGAGGGCAGGGUGACUGUGACUGGCUUCGAGAGCAUCCCCGAGGAGGAUGGCACCCACCUCCACAGGCAGGCCGGCCAGUGUGACAGCCACGGGACACACGUGGCCGCGGUGCUGAGCGGGCGCGACGCCGGCGUGGCCAGGGGCGCCAACAUCCGCAGCCUCCGGGUGCUGAACUGCCAGGGCAAGGGCACCGUCAGCGGCACGCUCAUGGCCCUGGAGUCCAUCGGGAGGGCGCUGGGGGCUCGGCCGCGGGUGGUGCUGCUGCCGCUGGCCGGGGCACUGAGCCCCGCGCUGAACGCGGGCUGCCGGCGGCUGGCACGGGCCGGGGCGGUCAUGGUGGCGGCUGCCGGCAACUACAGGGACGAUGCGUGCCUCUACUCGCCUGCGUCCGAGCCGGAGGUCAUCACGGUGGGUGCCACCGACAGCCAGGACCAGCCUGCCUCCAUCGGCACCCUGGGCACCAACUUCGGCCGCUGCGUGGACCUGUUUGCCCCGGGGGACGACAUCAUCGGCGCCUCCAGCGAGUGCAGCACGUGUUUCACGGCGCGGAGCGGCACCUCGCAGGCGGCCGCGCAUGUGGCAGGCAUCGCGGCCGUGCUGCUCAGCGCCGAGCCCCGGCUGGGCCGGGCCGAGCUCCGCCAGCGCCUCCUGCGCUUCUCCAGCAAGGGCGCCCUGGACGCGGCCUGGAUCCCGCAGGAGCAGCGCCUGCAGACGCCCAACAGCGUGGCGGGGCUGCCCGCACGUCUGGCGGCAGAGGAGCAGCGCCUGCUGUGCCGCUCAGUGUGGUCGGCGCUCUCGGGUCUCUCCCGGCGCUCCAGGGCCGUGGCUCGCUGUGCCAGCGCCGAGGAGAUGCUGAGCUGCUCCAGCUUCUCCCGCAGCGGCGGCCGGCUGGGGGAGCACAUGGAGGACAAGCACGGGCAGAGGCAGUGUGUGGCCCACAGCCGGGGCCAGGGCGUUUAUGCCGUCGCCAGGUGCUGCACGUGGCCCAGGGCUGGGUGCUGGAUCAAGGCCGGGUCCCCGGGGGCCGAGGGUGCCCAGUGCUCCCCAGGAGAACACGUGCUGACCGGGUGCAGUUUCCACUCCCCAUCCCUGGUGCUGGGUGCUGGGGGCAGGCCCGUGGAGGGGCUGGGGAGGGGGCCCAGCCGCUGUGCCAGCAGGACAGAGGGGGUGGCACAUGCCCUGUGCUGCCCCAGGGCCAGCCUUGAGUGCCGGCUGGAGGAGCACACAGCCCUGGAACACGAGGACAAGGUGACAGUGUCCUGUGAGGAUGGCUGGACGCUGACAGGCUGUAACACCCUGUCCCAGAGCUCCGUGGGAAUUGAGGACAAUUCCUGCGUGACCACUGCUGGCCCUGGUGGCAUUUCGGCUGUGGCCAUCUGCUGCCGGAGCCGGCAGUAGGGACACACCGAGCUGAGGGGAGGCUCCUGGGGCACAGCAGGGAUGGAGGCCUUGCUGCACCCGUGUGUCCCUGGCUCGGUGCCUUUCCAGAACAAUCCAUGCUCCGACAUGCAGCUGAUGACCGGACUCGUCUGCCCCUCGCACACGGUGGGGUGAGGAUCCAGGGCCAGCAUCCAGGGCGGCUCUGCAAGAGCUCUCCAGGCAUCCCCCAUGCAGCUGGAGCCCUGUCCCAUCACUGGAGUCAUCCCAGAGUCCUUUCCCUGCCGUGCACUGUUUCUUGCUAUAACCACCUUGACAGAACAAGCUGUGGUGGUGUCACCCAACACAGGAAAAAUCCACCACUUUUUAAAGAAAAAAUGUUGUGAGGAUCACUCCUUCCUUUCCUGCUUAGUUGCUCAUUAGUUGUCAGCUAAUGCUGCUUAGCACCUGGAAAAAUCUUAGUUUAGCCAUUUUGGGGCAGUUUUAUAAUUGCCUAAUGGUAUUCCUAGGAGAUUUCUUUACUUUUGAGUCAAGUGUAAGGGCUUUAGUUUAAACAGCCUGCUUGGUUAAUUAGAUUUUUAUCUGCAUUGCUACAGUCAGCUACUGCUUCAUUAGUGCUUUUUUUGUUGUUGAGUCAAAGUUAAUGAUCUGCUGGUGUUAUGUGUUAACAGUUUCAGGUCUUCCCAAGACACAUAGAACUGUAGAAAGCUGCAAUUCCUUUAAAACAACCCCAGAAUGAAGAAAAAUCUUUCAUAGCACCUUAGUUUUUACAUUUGUACCUUAAA